UACCAAUCAAUUAUUGAAACUCCGCAUGAGUGAGCAUUAAGCUGGUAAAUGUGGUAAUGAAUAUGACCGACAAAUAAAUACAAAUUACAGCACCAGGAAGCCAUAAAGCCUCACGACGGGGUGGUUCUUUGGAGAGUUUUUGAAUACUGCAUACGGCUUACGCCCACUCGCACAGCCACGCCCCCCACACUUGAAAGCCGGCAACACGCAUGGGAAUAAACGCCUGAGUCUUGGGAUUUCAACACCAAACUUAUUACAAACGCUGUAACGUUCGAAAUUACUUAAUCAAAGUUGGAUUAUCUCCAAGUAAACACUGAGCAAAGAAUUUAAAGCUAAAUGUGGGCCUGAGCCCGGCCCGGAGCCUCAGCCUUGUAUGGCUUUCAUUUGAAUUAAAAGCGCCAGGAAGCAGCAAGUUUGACAGAUUUCUGCAACAGCAUGGGGCAUUUGGCACACAUACAGAUGUGCAUAUGUAUGUAUGUGUGUAUAUAUAAAACCGGCUGCCGAGAAACCCUACCCAACUCCAAGUCCAAAAAGUACUGGCAGCUCAGCUGAACUAAAUUAAAUUCCAUGUCUAAUGCUCGCACAAGGAUUAGACCAUCGCCUCACCGCCUCCGAUGGGUAAUAUUAAAUAAUUUUUCCGUUAGCUCACAGGACGCGCACAGGACACAUAUGCCAUGAAUUCGCUCAUUGUUUUGCAUCGAGUGGAGUGCCUGGCAGCCUCAUCGUAGCCACAGAUUAAAGUCUCCUGUGGUGAACUUAAUAUAAAAGCCCAGGACGAGCCCUGUGCAGGACAACACAGGCAAUAUAGUAUUUAGGUGGCAACGCUGGAUCAGCUGUUUUGUUUGUUUUUCGACAAAAUUGGAGCAACAGAAUAAUGCAAGCAAAAUUGGGAAAAAAACAUACCUCGAAGUACGGCGGCUUCCCCUGGCGGCAACAUAACUACAACUACGACGAAGGGAUUAUCGGGCUCCACGAGGAGAUCGAGCAUUUCUAUCGCUACAUAUUGCCCACACCCAGCGAACAUGCCGCACGCAAUAAAGUAAUCCAGCGGAUCGAGAACAUCAUUCGAGCACUGUGGCCGCAGGCGCUGGUGGAGAUUUUUGGCUCCUUUCGCACCGGACUCUUUCUACCCAAUUCAGAUAUUGAUCUCGUAGUGCUGGGAUUUUGGAAACAGCUGCCGCUGCGCUCCCUCGAAUUGGAGCUUCUGAGGCUCGACAUUGCCGAGGCUGGCACUAUGCGUGUGUUGGCAACGGCUGCUGUGCCGAUUAUAAAAUUCACGGAUCGCGAAACGAAGAUCAAGGUGGAUCUGUCCUUUAAUAUGGCGAAUGGCGUGCAGUCUGCGGAGCUGAUUAAAAUAUUUAAGCGUGACUAUCCGGCUCUUGGCUAUUUGGUGAUGGUGCUGAAGCAGUUUCUGCUGCAACGCGAUCUGAACGAAGUAUUCACCGCCGGCCUCUCAUCCUACUCACUGAUUCUCCUGUGCAUUAGCUUUCUGCAACUGCAUCCGCGUAAUGUUUUCCAUAAGAAUGUGAACCUGGGCGUAUUGCUCUUGGAAUUCUUCGAGCUAUAUGGUCUGCGCUUUAACUACUCUCAAAUAGGAGUUUUCAUUCAGGACGGCGGCUGUUAUAAGCGAAAGGAACAUAUUGCCACUGACUGCAGAUCCUCGCAGCUGUACAUUGCAGAUCCUCUAUUGCCCGGCAACGACGUUGCUCGCAGCAGCCUUGCCCUUGUCCAUAUCAAGCAGUCCUUCCAAUGGGCUUAUCGUGUGCUCAGCCAGGCGGUAAAUCCACCAAAUUCCACCUCCUUUUCAUCCAUACUGGGUCGUAUUAUUUUUAUUACCGAUGAGCUUAUCGACCAUCGCAAUUGGUUGCAUAGGCACUUUGAUCACAAGGUUAUUGUGGAAUCUAUUUCACCUUUGUAUGGAAAGAUUAAUUGCUCUGACUUGUCAAACGAUGCAGCGGAACAGCUGUUUUAUCUAUCACAAUCAGCUUAUGAUCUACAGUCCUCAGUCAGAAACGGGCUAGAAAAAUGCAUAACAGAGGAGCCAGCAAUAUCUGAUAUCAAUGAACUAGACUUUCCAGCAGAUAUUCAUCAAUAGUUAAUUUAUGUCAAUAUAUAAAUGUAUAAUAUCAACAUAAUCACAGCGUGGAAACACAAUUUUCACAUGGAAACACUCAAAAUACAUCAAUACAAAAUAUAAUAAUUUAAAGUGUACAAAAAAAAUAUAUGUCAGUGACAAAA